AUGCAUAUCUAUCUAUCUAUCUAUCUAUCUAUCUAUCUAUCUAUCUAUCAAGGCCUCCUAUCUUAUUUUGUUCAUAUCUAUCUCUAUGCAUCUCAUUCUGUUCACAUCUAUCUUUCUCUGUCUAUCUCUUUCAUUUCAUAUCUAUGUAGCUGUCUAUCUAUGUGUCUCUCAUUCUGCUCGAAUCUAUCUGUAUCUAUCUCCCUAUCUAUCUAUCGAUCUUCCUAUCUCAUUCUGUUCAUAAGUAUCUAUGUCUAUCUAUCUAUUUCCAUCUCAAUCUCUUCCCAUAUCUAUCUCUCUCUUUCAUUCUUUUCAUAUACUUUCUUUCUUUCUUUCUUUCUUUCUUUCUUUCUUUCUUUCUUUUUCUCAUUUUCAUCCCUAUCACUCUAUCUAGCUAUAUAUUUCAUUUUCCUAUCUGGUUAUCUGACUCAUUUUCCCAUCUAUCAAUCUAUCCAUCUCUUCCGAUCUAUCUAUCUAUCAACCCAUUGUCCUAUUCUGAUCAUAUCUAUAUUCCAAUCCACUAACCCACUCUCUUCAUAUCUAUCUAUCUAUCUAUCUAUCUAUCUAUCUAUCUAUCUAUCUAUCUAUCUAUCUAAUUCUGUUAAUAUAUAA